CAGACAUGCUAGAUAGAGUGAGGUUCAUACAAUGUCUCCACUGGUGGUCUUCCUACUGCUCUGGGGUGUCACCUUGGGCCCAGCAACUGAGGCAAGCACAGCAAUUAAGACCCAACCCAGCCUGUGGGCAAAGGCCGAGUCACUGCUAGAACCUUGGGCCAACGUGACAUUGAUAUGCCAGACACCACUGGAAAGCCUGGACUUCCAGCUGCUCAAGGAUGGGGGGGUCCAGGAGCUUGCACACGUUGCCAUGCCUACCACCAAGUACCAGUUCCCGCUGGGCGCAGUGACAAGUGACAGCAAGGGCCUCUACCGCUGCCGAACAACCUUGCAGUCUCCUGACACGUGGACAGAGCUCAGCGAUCUCUUGGAAGUGACGGGCACAGAACCCUUGCCCCCACCUUCGCUCUCCCCGGAGCCAGUGUCCUGGAUCACACCAGGCCUGAACACAGCACUGCUAUGCCAAGCAGGACUCCAGGGGGUGACGUUCCUGCUGAAGAGGGAAGGCAAGGAUGAUUUUCUGCAAGUAGCAGAGGCGGGAGAGGGCAGACAGGCCGCCUUCCCGAUCUCUCAGCCCGGGAACUACAGCUGCAGCUACCGGACUGCAGCGGCAGGCAGCUCCUCAGAGCCCAGCCCCGCUGUGCGCGUCCAGGAGCACGCUGCGCCUCCCAAGCCCGUGCUCACUUUCCGGGGAUUUUUUCCGGAGAUUCUGCCCCCCAAAGCCCCCAAUUCCCUGCUCUGCUUGGCGCCCCUGAGCAGUGGUUUGGAAUUCCAGCUGAGGCGAGGCGAGGAGGUGCUAAAGGUCCACAUGAGCAGCACCAGCCCGGACCGAGUCAUGUUUGACAUGAACUUGGAGGACCUGGGGGACCAUGGUCCCUUCACCUGCCGCUACCGACUGAGCAGCAAGGGAGCCGCCUGGUCCUCUGACAGCUCGCCCCUGGAGAUAAUGUGGAGCGACAGAACGCUGCCUGCUCCGGUGCUCACCGCAGCGCCCACCGGCCCUCACCCUGAGCCUGGCUCCACGGUGCAGCUGCGGUGCACCGCGGCCCGCGCAGGUCUGCGCUUCGCCCUGCAGCGCCUCGCGCCCCGGGAAGCCCGCCUGCUCCAGCUGCAGAGUCCCACGGGGACCCAGGCCGUCUUCACGCUGCGCGACGUCUCGGUGGCAGACUCGGCCAACUACAGCUGCGUGUACAUGGAACGGGCGCGGCCCUAUGCGGGCUCCUUGCCCAGCGCGCCCCUGGAGCUCCGCGUGCAUGGGCCAGCACCCAGGCCGCAGCUCCAGGCGCUGUGGACGGGGCCUGUUCCUGCGGGCCGAGAUGCAGUCCUGCGCUGUGAGGGCCCUGUGCCCGACGUCACCUUCGAGCUGCUGCGGGAGGGCGAGAAGGAGCCCUCUGUGCGGCGCAGCACGCCCAGCAACUCCACCCUCCUAGUGCUGGCCUUCGUGGGGCCCCAGCACGCUGGAAAGUACAGCUGCCGCUACAGCUCUGCCCGGCGCGGAGCCUUCCAGUCCGAGCUCAGCCGCCCAGCCGAGCUCCUCGUGCGCGGAAACUGAGGCAGCGGUGGGCCCAGCCCUCAGCAGUCUUGGUGGAGAAGACUGGACGUACUGACGGCCUUCCGUCCCCCUGCUGCAAGAGGCCGCUCCCU